UUCCGGCGGGCGCGCGGCCAUGGCGACCAAGAGGCUGGCGCGGCAGCUUGGAUUAAUUAGGAGAAAGGCAAUUACACCAACAAAUGGAAAUCAAGGGAAAAGCAAAUGCAGACAGUUGUUUGACUACUUAAUAGUCAUUGAUUUUGAAUCGACAUGCUGGAAUGAUGGGAAACGCCACCAUGACCAGGAAAUAAUUGAAUUUCCAGCAGUAUUGCUGAACACAUCGACUGGAGAAGUUGAAUCUGAGUUCCAUGCUUAUGUUCAACCUCAGGAACAUCCAGUGCUUUCCACAUUUUGCAUGGAACUGACAGGCAUCAAGCAGGCUCAAGUUGACGAAGGGGUCCCUCUGAAGAUUUGCUUAUCUCAGUUUUCUAAAUGGAUUCAUACAAUUCAGGAACAGAAGAAAAUUAUUUUUGAUACUGGAGUUUCAGAUCUUUCUACUUCUGAAGCAAAAUUGUGUGCAUUUGUUACUUGGUCAGAUUGGGACUUGGGGGUUUGCCUGGAAUAUGAGUGUAAAAGAAAACAGCUCUUAAAACCCACAUUCUUAAAUUCUUGGAUUGAUCUUAGAGUAACUUACAAGCAAUUCUACAGGAGAAAACCAAAAGGACUAAGUGGUGCCCUGAAGGAAGUGGGAAUAGAAUUCCUAGGACGAGAACAUUCCGGGUUGGAUGAUUCUCGGAAUACUGCCCUUCUUGCUUGGAAAAUGAUCAGGGAUGGCUGCCUAAUGAAAAUAACAAGGUCCUUGAACAAGGUUCCCACUAAGAAGAAUUCUAACAUUUUGGUUAGAAAUUUGAAUGCAAAUCACGUUGACGAAACUUCAAUCGGCAAAAGUAGCAUUCAGUCCGUAAGCGUAAAUGAAGGGGAAUCAAAAAAUGAAAUAAGUUCUCAUAAAGAAGUUCGGAUGAAGUCAGUUGGUCUGAAUUCUCCUAUCAAGGUACAGCAAGAUCAGUUACUACUAAAAAGCAGUGUAAAAACAGGUCUUCGCAGUGUCAAAAGCGGCUUUUCUCCUUUUAACACUGUAUCCUCUGCUCCUCCGGGGCAAUUGCAGUCUACCAGAGUGAAUUUACCUAUUUCUCUGCGGAAGCAAGAACAACAUGGACAUCUUGCUUUUAAUACCAAAUGUAAGUCUUCAACAGUUGGUUCAGAAUUGGUACUUGUUUCAACUACCCUUUCAUCUGUCAAUCAUGUUUCUGAUGUGGAAAUGAGUUCUGCUUUUGAUUGUCUACCUAUGUUGGCCGAUUGGGAGGACGUUGCUUUACUUCCAGCCUCUCAGCCUGAGCAAAAUACAGACUGUAUGCCUCCCAUUAGUGACUCAAACAUAGAUGUCUCAUUCAAUUCUGGAGAAGGAGUAACGGUUUUAAAAGAUUUUGAAAUGCCAAAUCAUGAAAACUUUCAAGACAUGGAAGAAACUCCUCAGGAAUAUGAGACUUCUAAGUCUAUUGUAUAUAAAAGUUCUCACACAACUAUUUAUAAUGUGAAAGAAGCCAAAGAUCGGAGUUCAGAUGUUUCUGACUUUAAAUUACCGGAAUGUAAAUCAAAUACUCUGAACAGUGUUCACACUGCUAUUUCUUGUCCUUCAAUUUUGGGAAAUCAUCCUGGAGGUAUGAAAAGGAAUUCAUCAAAUCCCCCAGCUUUCCCCCCAGCCAAAAAACAGACCUUCACUAUUCAUGAAGAAAAGCCCACAGCACAUGAAGUCUCCCAAGUGAGAAAUGCGGGCAAGAAGAUUGUCCCCUCUGUCUUAAACUCUAAUGUUCAUCUACGAGAUCCUUGGAAGCUUGGGAAAAUGACUCCUCCUUUAUGCAAAUGUGGCCGAAGGUCUAAAAGACUUGUUGUUUCUAAUAAUGGACCAAAUCAUGGGAAAGUCUUCUACUGUUGCCCUAUUGGGAAACACCAAGAAAACAGAAAGUGUUGUGAUUAUUUCAAAUGGGAACAUACGCUUCAGAAGGAAAAAACCAAUAGCAGAGUUCUUUCUCAUUCCCCCAGGGGGCAUAAUUUAAGUGGUCCAGAGACGAUGUGUAACAGAAGUUUGAAUUUGUCUACCCCAAAUUCAUUGAGACUUAGACCUUCAAUGAGAAAUUGAUGCACUUUUUUUAUAC